AUGGUCCAGCCUGCGUCACACUAUGCUGUCGCUGCACCAAUGGUAGCUCCCAACCAGGCCUUUGGAUUAAUUGCUCAUAUCGCAGCUACUGCUAGUAGUGUAGCGAUCGGCUCCGUCGGUAACACCGUUGGACAUGCCCUCAUCGGAAUGUUCAGCGGUUCCGAUUUACAAGAUGCAGCCUCGCUAGGACAGGCUGCCCCGGUAUCGGGCGAGGCAAACACUCCGGCAGGACCAUGCUCGUGGGAGAUCAAGCAGCUAUCUUGUACCCAAGGCCAGGCCGAGUGUGAUUGGGAACAAUUACCAAAUUUAGAAGUCCAUGUACAUAGCGUUCACGUGAUACUUUUUCCUUUGAAGUUGAUUGAAUCAAAAUAG